AUGGCUAUGGACGCUCUCAAAAACCUUGCGAAUAACGUCCCGGACUGGCUGCAACGCCUCGACGACCUCAGCGGCCAGAUCGACCGACGACAGGCCGAGCUGGCCGCUGUCGCCGCAGCAGAAGGAAAGAGCCGAAAGGCAAAGUCCCUUCGUAACAAGGGCUCGACUGAAUCACUAAAGCCCAAAGAUAAUCCCCCGGUGGUCAACACUGAGGAUUCUGCCGACGAAGACACAACCCAAGAUGCCACAGCGCAAACGCUGACCAAAACCUCCGAUCCACCAAAUGUCCAUACAUUGAGUCCAUCCUCCAUUCGGCAGAAACAAGAGAUCACCAAGACAGCGCAGGCCAGGGCACGAGCUCAGGGUAGGGAGAGGCGCAAGUCGUCCUCGAUGAUGUCGAGCGAAGACACUCCCGCCGUCGGCACAAAAAAACGUACGGCCAUUGUUUAUUAUGAUAGCUCUGUCCAAGGCUUCUUUGACGAACUUGCGCGAUUCGUCUCAUCCAGUCGCAACCUAAUGCGCAAGGCCAAGAUGGCUGCACGAGUCGCCCAGAUCAAGAAGUUGGCCGAGCAAGACGCGUCAGAGGAUGGCAACAACGAUGACGCACUCCCGUCACUACGAUAUAUGAGCAGCAGACGAUUCGGCCCCAUGUCAAUAGCGCGGCCCGGUGCUGGCGAUCAGCCACCCGAUGUAUACGACAAUCUUGAUAAAGGCCUCGAGUUUGUGCAGAGCUUGUGUGAGCGCGGCGCUCAUCAGUUCCUACGCGAUGGAGAUUGCAACGAUGAAAUCAGCAACGUACGAAAGAGACUUGCUGAGGUGCUUGAGAUGGCCAAGACAGAAAUCGAGCGCAAAGGGCCUGAACUGGCCAAGGAGACAGGCGAAAUGGGCAAGAUCCGGACACGAAGACCCAUCAGUAUGCGUCGCGAAAUGUCCGCUGGUCUAAAAGAAGGCAGCCCAACACCGACUAAGGAGGAGAAUAAACAAGAACCCGAAAAGCUAGAAGCUGCCAAUCCCAGCCCAACGCUGGAUCCUAUGGCACCUAUCGAGGUGGACCCAUAUCAUGGUGGACGAGGGCAUUGGGAUGAAGAUUCCUACGCUACAAUAUCGAUCGACCUGAGCGAUGCGUAG